GCAUGGCACUUUGUUGUUCUCCCCUGCUAAUGUCGGUAGCAAGCUAACAAACGAUGCCGAUCUCCCUCUGUCGACGGUGUUUCGACCGCCCAACCUUUUAAGUGUGUGUGCGUACACGUCUUUCUCGUUUUUGCACCAGUGAAUAUUCAGCGCCAUGGUCAACCAGCUGGUGCAACAAGCCGACGGUGGCAAGCAGUCGUGCAAAAGCGACUCCAGCAGCGCCAGCAACAGCGGAGGGGACAGUUCGAAGGAGAGCUCCCGAUGCUCCACCCCCGUCCUGGACGCCGAUCGCACCGACCGGCUGCGGGAGAAGAUGCGCCGGAGGAUGGAGUCAGGGGACCGCUGGUUCUCCCUCGAGUUCUUCCCCCCUCGUACUUCCAGCGGGGCUGUCAAUCUCAUCUCGAGAUUUGACCGUAUGGGCUCAGGAGGGCCCCUGUUCAUAGAUAUUACUUGGCACCCAGCGGGGGACCCGGGCUCCGACAAGGAAACCUCCUCUAUGAUGAUCGCAAGCACGGCCCUCAACUACUGUGGUCUGGACAGCGUCCUCCACCUGACCUGCUGCAACCAAACCAAAGAGAGGAUCACUGGCUAUCUUGCCAAAGCCAAGCACCUUGGCCUCAAGAACAUCAUGGCUCUGAGAGGAGACCCAAUUGGAGCUGACUGGGAGGAAGAGGAGGAGGGCUUCAAUUAUGCAACGGAUCUUGUCAAACACAUCCGCUCUGAAUUUGACGACUACUUUGACAUCUGUGUAGCUGGCUACCCCACGGGUCACCCAGAGGCAGAGAGCUAUGACGAGGACCUAAGACACCUGAAGGAAAAGGUGGAUGCCGGGGCAGACUUCAUCAUCACCCAGCUCUUCUUCAGGGCUGACACGUUCCUCAAGUUUCUUCGAGACUGCAGGGCCAUUGGUAUCACAUGUCCCAUUCUACCUGGAAUCUUUCCUAUCCAGGGUUACCAGUCCCUACGCCAGCUUGUCAAGCUAUCCAAGCUCGAGGUGCCAGAGGAGAUAACUGAAAUCAUUGAGCCCAUUAAAGACAAUGAUGCCGCCAUUCGCAACUAUGGCAUCGAUCAGGCAGUGGAGAUGUGCCGAGUGCUGCUUGAGAGCGGCGAGGUGCCUGGCCUCCACUUCUACACACUAAACCGCGAGGUAGCCACUAUGGAGGUCCUCCGGCAACUCGGGUUGUGGAUAGAAGACCCCAGGCGGCCUCUGCCCUGGGCAGUGAGUGCCCAUCCCAAGCGAAAAGUAGAGGAUGUACGUCCCAUCUUCUGGGCUUCCAGACCCAAGAGCUACAUCUACAGAACCCAGGACUGGGAUGAUUUCCCAAAUGGACGAUGGGGUAACUCCUCAUCUCCAGCCUUUGGUGAGCUCAACGACUACUAUCUUUUCUACCUGAAGAGCAAGUCGUCCAAAGAUGCAUUGCUCCAAAUGUGGGGUGAGGAACUGACCAGUGAGGCUAGUGUCUAUGAGGUCUUCACCUGCUACAUCACAGCCCAGCCCAACCAAAAUGGACAGCAGGUGAAGUGUUUGCCAUGGAACGAUGACCCCCUGGCCCCAGAGACCAACCUUCUGAAGGACGAGCUGGAGAAGAUCAACAGACGAGGGGUGCUCACCAUCAACUCCCAGCCCAACAUCAAUGGAAAACCCUCAUCAGAUCCCAUUGUCGGCUGGGGACCGGCUGGAGGCUACGUCUUUCAGAAAGCUUAUCUGGAGUUUUUUACCUCCAGUGAAAAUGUGACUGCCCUCCUCAAAGUGCUGAAGAAAUAUGAACCCCGUGUCAACUACCAUAUUGUCAAUGUACAGGGCCACAAUCUCACAAAUGCCCCUGAAAUGCAGCCCAAUGCUGUGACAUGGGGCAUCUUCCCUGGCAGAGAAAUUGUCCAGCCAACUGUGGUGGACCCAGUGAGCUUCAUGUAUUGGAAGGACGAAGCCUUUGCGUUGUGGAUCGAGCAGUGGGCAAAACUCUACGAAGAUGAGUCCCCCUCGCGGAUGAUCAUCAAAUAUAUUCAUGACAAUUACUUUCUGGUCAAUUUGGUGGACAAUGACUUUCCCUUAGACAGCUGCCUAUGGCAGGUCAUUAAUGAUAUGUUUGAACUGCUUGAUGCGCCCCCAGCGCCAUUCAGUGAUGGAGACGUGUCUGAAUAAGGGGAAAUGCUGUUCUAUUACUGCUUUGUUGUCUUUUUCAGUGCUGCUAUUGGAAGAGUAGCGCUCUUGACUCAAACACCAAACACUUGUAUAGCGAAUUCAGGGGCAGCCAGGAAUCGAACCCAGAUAGCCCAUGGGCGACUGCACUAACCAGUAAACUAAAGGAUCCGACCUGUUAGCCAAGAGCUAGUGAGUCUAGUCGUCCAUGGUCAUUACACUACCCCCCCUCCUUCCGAAAGUGCGUCUCGCGCUUCAGCAUUUCAGCUCACUCACGCCUCUGGGUGCACACUCUUCUGAUGGCCUCACGGUCUCACCAUCCCACUUCUGGCACCAAUGUAGCAAAUUCAGGUUGCAGCCGGGAAUUGAACCUGAGUUCCCCACACCACGGGCGACUGUGCUCACCUGUCAACUAAAGAGUCCAGCCCGUUAGCUAAGGGCUAGAGAGUCUUGUCAUCCGUGGUUGUUACACUUGCCUCAAACAUCAUGUACUUAAGCAUUAGUUAUCUGUGAUCACAAUGUGUAUUUUUUUAAUUAUGUAUUUGUAGCUAAACAUGAUCAAAACUGAUUAAGCAUUAUGUUAAAUGGCUCAGGUUUUCUUCUUUUACCAAACUGCCUUAUCAAAGUCUUGCUCAUAGGCAAGCUUAUCCCCAUCACUGUUGACACAAAUCAAAAUUGUAGUCCGACUUCUUUUACACUGACCCAAGCAUCUUUGACUUUUAGUGCAGCAGUCUGACCUUUUUGAUAUUUCUUACGUAGUGAAAUAGGGAGAAAAAAAAAAGAAGUAAUUCAAAAGCCUCAAGAAAUUACUUGCGGAAACAUUUUGUACUUUUUAAAUAUUUAUUCUUUCAAAGAUAUGAUAAAUGUAUUUAUGUAUUUUCGAAAACUGUGCGUCGUAAUACCAUUUGCAUCGUCUAAAUAGAGGGUGUGUGCAGGUGUUGGUAAAACUGAUUUCAAAGCAAAAUGUAAAAUGUGCAGCAGAAAUGCAUACAUGUCUAAGCUAAUCAGGGAUCCCUGCUGUUAUCAGCCACAGACACCAGCUCCAAAACCUGUUCUGAGCCUUGAGCAAUCCCACAUACUUCUUGUGGGGCAUAGUCUUUUUUUUUCUCUCUUCAAAUGUACAUAAUUGUAUUCACUUGUUUUGCAUUGUUACAGAACCCAUCAAGUAUUUUUUUCUGGUAUUUCAGGUCUUUGUCAUUUUAAUACAUGAAUAUACAAAAUAUCUUGUGACUGCAUAAUGUGUGUAGGUGGGUGGGGGUCACACAUAAAUUAACUGCUGUGCCAACUCUGCACACUACUCUGCAACAUGGAACACUUUAAAACACGGGACUGGCAUGAGGUUACGUGUCCUAGCAGAGAGCUUUAUCAGCUUGUACCUUGUUGAAGUAUCGCUUAAUUUCGAGCCGCAUGGAUGAUUGCUAGUAGUCACCUUUCUCACAUGGGCACACCUACGUCAACAUCUGCAAAGGUCAAGGCAGCAAAUGCUGGCCCACCAUCGCAUUAAUUACUAGAUAAUUUGAAAAGUAUGCCCUGUCUGUUUACCGACCUUGACUGGUAGCUGUUAAUCAUGACUCCUUAUUAAAUAAGACACUGGCUGACUUUCGUUGUAGAACAGCUUUAUAAAAACGAAGCUAAUAAAACCCCCCAAAAUGUGAAAAGGUCGAGGGAGGUGAAUCCUUAUUGAGCCUACUGACUUCACUGGAAUGUUGCCCCUCCACUGUAAGCUACACAGCACACUGCACUAAUGUGAAUUACGCCCAGGAGUGUUUUUUUUUUCUUUCUUCAAGCUUUUGCUCCUUUCACCUUAAAUAUGUUUAUCAGUAUCGUCAGUCAGUUUUACUCAAAGGGACGGGAGUGGAUAAGUUCUAUCAUAAGAGCAAAUUGUCUGAAUACAAGUGCAUCUUCCAGGUAUAUAGUUUCAUGCCUGUUAGAUUCAAUAGAUAUUAUUUUUCUGCCAUUGAAGUCAUUAAAUUGUAGACCUAAAGGUGUGGAACACCAAGCUUCUUCUUUCUUUCUUUUUUUUUUGUUGUCUAUGUAGAUCUGGCAUGGAUCUACUACUUCCGGUUGAGUAAGUGACCUCUUCAGCCCAAAGAGGUCACUUCGACCUCUUCAGCCCAAAGAGGUCACUUCGAUGAGUGAUUAAACAAAUCUGUCAAUAAACGUUGUGUCCAG